AUGGAGGAUUACGGUCAAUCCAAUAGGUUUUCCGAUUUGUUGCAGCGGCUUUCGACGGUUUAUUGUUAUCAGUGCCUUCAUGGUCCCAAUGGGAAAAAGAGCCUUGAAAUUGAGAAAUAUUUAUCAGAAGACAAGGGAAUCGACCAUGGGGCGAUUAAAAUUUUGAUAUUAGGUGGCCCUUCUAGCGGAAAAAGCACAAUAUUCAAACAAAUGAGAAUAAUUCAUAGCAAUGGUUUCACACGGCCUGACGAAUUAGAAUCGUUCAAAUCAUUAAUUUUUUGCAACAUUCGAAGUAUUUUCACGCAACUUGUCAAUGGUGCUAAUCACUUAAGCGUGUGUAUAGAUUCAAUUCAGGAGCUCAUAAUCAGUAUUAAUGAAACGUAUGCACAAUUAGACGCGGAUAGCUAUCAAUAUAGUGCCGAGGGUCGAAUGAGCCAAAAACUCGGCGAAAUGCUUAAAAAAUUCUGGAAAUCUCAACCGAUUCAAACAGUAUUUGGUAGACGAUAUGAAAUUGAAACAAUGGAUUCGACAAAAUAUUUUCUGGAAAAUAUCGAGCGAAUCUCAACAGCGGAUUAUAUGCCGAAUCUCGAGGAUAUUGUGCAUUCAAGACGGCCGACAACUACUAUAAAUAAUCUUGUUUUCACCUAUACUAGCUUAAAAUUAAAUAUGGUCGAUGUUGGUGGUCAACGCUCAGAACGCCGAAAAUGGAUGCAUUUGUUCGACGAUGCCCGAGUUGUGAUGUUCGUUGUCGAUUUGACAGGAUACGCGAAGAAGUCCGAAGAGAGCCGCGCCGAUAUUGCGCGGUUCACAUUAUUCUCGGAUUGGCGGAAUCACGCCGACAAAAUACCCGAUAUGAAAGUGGCGAUGAAAAUAUUCCAAGACGUCGUCACGAACAAAGUGCUCCAGAAUGCCGUCUAUUUAAUAUUUUUCAACAAAGUCGAUUUGUUCGAUGAGCUUCUACCUCAUGUCCAUCUCAAGACGUGCUUCACGAAAUUUGAUGGUGAGAAUAAUUUCGAAGAAACCACUCAGUACAUUCAGGACAAAUUUCUUAAGUCGGUCAAAACUCGCCGAUCGAUUUUUCCGCACCUGACAACGGCGACGAACACCGAAAACAUCAAGAUUGUUUUUCGCGCUUGCAUGGAAAGUGUGUUUAAAGCUAAUUCGCAAGCGACUGGCCUUGCGUAA